ACAGACCAUCAUCAAACAUCGUCAGACGUUAUCUUUGUGAUAUAGUUAAAACUUAAGUUAAGUUUAAUAAUUCGUGUAGAUAGGUGGAUUGAAAGCUGUAGAAUCUAACCUAAUGUUUAUCAUGGACAAUGUAAUAGGUUAAUUUCAAAUAUUUGUACGUAUCACCCCCAAUAAGGUAAAUACUUAUAUAAUAUAGUGCAGAAGAAACUUUUACUUUUAGUGUACGUUUUGUUUGUUAAUUUUAAAAUUUAAUGUAAAUAAAUAAGAACCACUACCACUGAGUACCAGUAAGAUGAUAGUUGAUACUACUAUUCAGUUUUAGUAAUUUUACUACUAGUAGUACUAGUUCAGUAGUUGUUACGAUGAAAUCAGAUCAAGUCUCGAUACCAACUACUCAAAACAAUAAACCAAGGAAGUAGAAGUAUGGCAGCUUCCAGUGUCAUAGUAUUGCUUAAAGGUGAUCACGAUGAGAAUGCAAAGGAUCCAUAUUCAGAACAUUUGAAGACACUCAAUCUUCAACCUGUUAUCAUUCCUAUUCUCCAGUUUCAGUUUAUUAACUUAGAAGAACUAAGUGCCAGUUUGAAAAGAGACUAUUCUGGUAUUGUUUUCACGAGCCAGCGAGCCGUAGAGGCUGUUACCUGUGCCAUGUCUAUACUUUCAGGUGACGAGAGAGAGGUUCUGUCACGUAAGUGGAGAUCUAAGUUGACGUUUGUUGUGGGUGAGGCAACUGCCUUAGCAGCAGAAACCAGUCUUGGCUUUGAUACAAUUGGGAAAGAAUCGGGAAAUGCUGAAGCUCUUGUACCUGUGAUUCUUAGACAACUUAUACCAUGUGAGGGACCUAAAUCUUUGUUGUUUCCAUGUGGUAACCUCAGGAAAGACACCAUUUCCUCUGGACUACAGUCAAAAGAUAUCCGUGUUGAAGAGAUUGUAUCUUACCAGUCCAUUUGUCAUCCAGACCUUCUAAAGAACAUUGAGAAAUUAUUUUUUGAAAAGGGAACACCAGACAUUUUUGUGUAUUUUAGCCCAUCUGGAGUUAAAUUUUCACUUCCUAUAAUCAAAGAUGUUGGAUUGAAAAUUGAAAGCAUUAAGUUCGUUGCCAUUGGACCGUCCACAAAAGAGGCAUUACUUCAAGCAGGGUUGAACCCUUCCGCUACUGCAGCUAAGCCUACUCCCGAAGGUUUGACCCAAGCAAUCCAAUCGUUGCUUAUUGGUUAACUUGUGAAAAUACGGUGCUACGUUGGAGUUAUGUUCCAGUUUAUAACAACUAGAUUUUUCGUUGAGUUUCAAAUAACCAACGAUGUGUGUCAAACGCAAAGAUGGAGCUGAAAGAUAUGAGAUUCUGUUUAUGCCUUAUAAAAUAUCCCUAUUAUUUAUCAUUGUUUUGUUAGUUUGAAAGAGUGGUUUAUAUAAUGUUUUUAUAGAGAUAUGAAAGUAAAAAUCGUUUUCCCAACCUCUUAACCAUUGAUGGUCAACGUCCUAAUUACUAAUUAUGUUUAGUGUAUUGAUCUACUCACCAUCUUUAGCAUUUGUGUAAUUUGCAAAUAUUUAUAGGCGCCCUCUCGUGGAUGUUUACUAGAGGUUAAUAAUGCUUGGAGACGGCUUGAAUGGGUAAAGGAAAAAUUUUAAUAUAAGUUUAAAUAACAGCAAAUGUACAACGUUUCGACAAGGUUUUUGUCAU